AACAAAGAAAGCAGCUCUAGCUAGGAACCCCAAAAAACGAUGGCGGCUCCUCAACUAGCAUGUGUUUUGCUUGUGGAAACUGAACUCAAAGGUUGGCAAAAGACAUUACAUAAAAUAUUUGUGGGCAUUGAAGGUUUAGCGUUCUCCAUUGAUGCACCCGACUGGUGGACACAUGGGGAAGGAGCUAAUCCUAUGAUGUUCACUAAGAAGUUGAUGUUUUUACGUGGUGAAGUUGAUCCUGUGGUCUUCAUUAAAAAGUUAUUUAAAGCGAAAAUUUACGCUAUGCUCUACAGGAUUGAUUAUGGACAUGAAGAGAAUCCACAAGGCAUCCGGAAACCUAAUAAUCAUUUUCUGAGAUUUAGAUUUGAGAUAGACAUGUUAGAAGGAAGUUGGUACAAGAAAAUCAUAGGAGCUUUAAAGACCAUCCAAGGUGUAUCAUUUACCAUAGAUGCACCAAGUCAGAUGGUAUAUAUGUGUGGCAACAUUGAAGAAGGUUUGCUCUUGAAGAUGUUAACGAAGACGGGCAUUCAAAUUUUGGGAAUGGACUAUGGUAAUUUGAAGCCACCUCCCAAGAAAGUUGAGGCUCAAAUAUCAGAUGGAACCGAGACACAACCCAAGAAAGACACAGAGCCUCCUCCUGAGAUUGUUGUUACGAAACACCAAGCCAAAAACAAGAAACCUCGUGGUUUUAAAGUUUUUUGUUGUCCAUGAAUCAUGUCGUCAUUAGAACAUAGUAUUCUUAAGUUCCAGUCGUUUAUUUAAGAGU